AUGAGCCUUGGCGGUGCCGAGAGUAACAGGAGCAAUAGGGAGAACAGUGUGCGAAGCCGGAGGGAGGGCGCGUCCCGGGGCAGGAGCCCCACGCCGGUCCCGAUUUGGAGUGAAGACGCCCUGGAAAAGGCUCCAGUGGACGAGGAGGAGAAGGACCUGUCAGAGCCUUUGCCGCCGCGGGAGGAGGGAACGCCUUACAAGGGACGGAAGGACGGGGCCACGACCAGGGGGCGAAGGAGGGUGGAUACAAGUGGGGCACAGGAGGAAGGGGGGGAGGUCGGGGUCGUCAUUCAGUCGCUGCAUGCCCUGGCCUUGGGCGCAGAUAGCAGUGAGAGCGCUCAUAGUUGUACGGGGAGGGAAAGGGGCGACGGCAGCAGCAGUACCCGUACCCUUGGGGAUGCCUGUGACGAGUCUGGCCGCAGGAGCAAGGACCCUUUCCGCGAGAGGGACGUCGAGACUCACCCUGAAAUCAGCACUGGUCUGGGCGACAGCCGGGAUGGCGCGUCAUGGAACGCACGAAGCUCGGUCGUCCACGCAGAGCCGAAAAUCCCCGAAGGCAUCUUUCACGUAAAGAGCGCCAGUCCCCGUCGGUACCACAAUGCGGGUUUACCUCAAGGCCAAGAUGACGACAGCCAGCCGGUUGGAGCGCGCUUGGAGACGCGCGGGACAGGGCCGUGGGACAGAGAAGGAGACAUGGCUUGGGGGACCACACCGGCGGCCGUGGCGAUCAGGGUUCGCCCCACAAAGGCCGAAGCAAGCGAGGGGGAACAGGACAGUCUGAUAAGCUGGGGGGGGCUCUCCCUCCUUUCCGAUAGGGCUGACGACGCGCCUGGCAGUGACGGCAAGGAGUCCUCCUUCCUCCUGCACACCCGUCGCAGCAUGGAGACUACGGCCAGCACCGCGUCCUACCCCGUUAUGGGCAGAAACAUGGCUCAGGCGCAGCCGAUGUCCCCCUCUGAAGUGGCCGGGAGCGACAGGGUGCGGAGGAGCGAGGUAUCCCCCGUCUCGGUCAUUCCGUACACGAGCAGGAACCUCGGGAACGGUUCUAGAAAAGGGUCUGUGUCUCCCUUACCCACCGCCCUUUCCCCCAUGGAGAGGUGGGAGGAGGGCGGGAGGGAGGACGGGGCGCUGUGGCUGGCCUCGGUCCGCUUGAGCUCCUCCGUGCCGCAUUCCUCCCUGCAUCCGCUGCAAUACCCGGGCGAUCCUCACAGCCAGGGCCACAGCCACGGCCCCCACACUUUCGAAACCCCCAUGGGCGGGAAGCGUCGGGACUGGGGAGAAUCGACCCGCGCCAGCUCUGCCUCCAUCGAGCGCUUGACCCUGCGUUUCCAAUCCUCCGUGGCGGAGGGAGGUGAUCAAGGCGGGGGGGAGGAAGGGUGCAUCUCGGCCUUGCCGUCUCACUUGCGGUACGGGAUGCAUUCCCCUCCCUUGUCCCAGACAACCCCUCCCGUGCCUGUAUUGGAGCCUCCGGAGAAGGUGAGAAGGGGCAGUCGGCGGCUCUCUUUAGCGCGUCCGGCACGCCCGCUCCAUCGAGAGGAAGAUGCUUCCCCGCCCUUGUCGCCCCGGUCGCCUGGGAAGGAGGGCGACAGUGGAGGUGCCGAAGGAGGAGGGGGGAGGAGGUACCUGGGGCCGGGGGAAGACGACUUAAGGCCACGCUCCCUCCAGUCGGGGGGUUGCGCUCUGGAAGCGGACGGGAUCAGGGCGCGGGGAAGGAACCAGGGCCUGGAUGGAGGGAAUGGAGGGACGCACAGGGGGUCGUUGACGCUCAGUCCUCCCUCCUGGCCGUUUGAGGGCGGUGCCUGCCAGCGACAGCCGGAGGACGACGCGGGUGAGAAGGAAGACGAAGCCAGAGCUGCCGCUGCCCUCCGGAAAAAACGCGCCUCCGCGGCCAAAGCCCGCCGUGUUUCCAUGGGGCUGGCGGCUCGCGCCUCUUUGAUCAAACAGCACCUGGAAGCAUGGCGCCAAGGCGGCCUACCCUGUCUCGCGCCUUUUCCCGCCGUGGAAGCAACGGGGGGGCCGACGAAGGAGCGCGAACAGACGGAAGGGACGAAGAUGGACGUCGCUUCUCGACGAGCCCCGCACCAAAGCCGAGCCUCCUUGUGUUCGGCCUUGGGGGGGUUGAGCCUCCUGGGCGGGGUGGCCAGUCCCUCCGAGGAGGGAGGAAAGAGCGGGCCGGGAGAGAAGUCCUUGCUCCUGUCCACGCCGGCUGUGCACAGGCGGAUCAGUGAGGGAAGCAGGGAGGAUGAGGAGGAGGGGGAGGUGGAGGAGACUACCAUGCAGGAAGGUGGGUGGGACGAGGGGCGGGACCACGAACAUGGGCUUCGUGAGGCGUGGGCACGUCGAAGCCUCGCCUCCUUCGCCACCUCCAUCCCCGCGUCCGAGCCCCUGUCGGGGAGGGAAGCGCAUGGAGAAGAUUCGUUCAUGCUUGUCGAUGCUCCCCCUGCCCGCAGUCUCCACCGCACCUCCCUUGUCGAGUCCUCCGACCAGCCCCCCGGUCCUUUGGUGCACGGUGUGGGCCUCCUGGGCAAGGAGCUCCUUGCGACGUGCCUGGAGUUCCUGUCCGUCCAAGAAUUGAGGGGACGGGAGCGGAGUCUGGGGUCGGUCUCGAGGACAUGGGCCGUCUCCCUCUUGCAUGCUGAAGCGCGCAUCUACUCGAGUUUUGAAAAGAAGGGGAGUAGGAAAGGAGGGGAAAAUGGCGAGAAAAAACAGGCGCCUCGUCACGACGUGGUGGUGGGCUGGGACCACAUCGCUGAGAAAUUUCCUUGCGGAAAAUUCCUCUCGGAAGGAACCUAUAAGACCGUGUAUGAAGUGUGGGCGAAGGACGGUGAACGGGAACGAGGAGGGAGAGGAGGGCGGGUAGAAGCCUUGUCCGUCAUGGACGUGAACGCGAUCACCGCGAGUGGAAACGCCGCCAUUCUCGCCCAAGAACUCCGCGCUUCCAUUUUGAUGUCGUGGCUGGUGCGACGAGGGAUCUGCCCCAACCAUGUUGAGACCUAUGGUGUCUUACGGACGCAGCACGCCCCCCGAGAGGCCUGGGAGUGUCCACCGGCCAUCUUUCACCGGUACGUUGUACGAGCAAAGGCCAAUGCCCACAAGGGGACUGUCGCACAGGGAUCGGAGGCAUUCUUGAGACACACGGGAGGAAAAGGAUGGGCGUCACUUGCUUCCUCCACGCACGCUCUGCCGCCGCCACCGGUCUUUCCCUCCGUCCCGUCGCGAUCCACGGUUGCUCAGGGUGAUUUGCAACUCAUUCGUAUGGAGCUUUGUCGACAUGGCGACCUGGAGAAGUUCUUGCGGGAGCGGCCCCUCGGUGCCCUGCCCCCUGGCCUCACUCGACUCCUCCUCUUUCAAAUGUGCUUUGCUCUGUACGCGGCGCGGGAGACUUACGCUAUGCGUCACUAUGACCUGAAGCUCCUCAAUUUCCUGCUAGCCGAUUUCUUGGCUCCUGCCUCCGUUGCUUCCUCCCUUCCUGCUUCCACCUUCCCCGACAAAGACAUGCCUCUAGGCUCUUCCCGCGUCCUGCAGGAGCGGCAGAGCCAUUCAGAGGAUCCGCGCUCCAUAAUGGAAGACACCUGGCCAGCCGGCUGCGACAAGAGCAACGCUCACCGUACGAGCAAGGACAGCCGCUGCCCCGCCCCAAACGUUCCUCAGAAGACCCCCCCGUGCCCAGGCACCGUAGGCAAUCCAGCCACGGGGGCGGUGGAAGUACGGUACGGGCUCGGCUUGCACGUGUACCGCCUGCGCUUCCCUCCCUCCCUCCCACUCUGCGUCAAACUCGCCGACUUUGGAACCGCCGACCUGGCUCCCGAGACCUUUGGCCAACCGGUGGGGCUGGAUCAGUUUACCACCUUGGAAAAUACGCCUGUGGAUUUCCUUGUCCUGGGCGAUGGGGCCAAGCAAGACUUCGCUGCGGAUGCCUUUUCUCUGGGCCUAGCAGUGUGGCACUUCCUUACGAGGAGUUGA